ACACCGUGAAUACACUUAAAUACCAGCAGUGAACACGCAAGAGGUGCACUAGCACCCAGCAACGGAACGCCCACGGAUAAGAACUGAUGCGGAUUUAAAACUACAAACUGCUAGACUUGGCCUGAUAUCGGCGACUGCCCGCGACCUGCCAUGCCGCCUGUCCUGCUGGGCUUCCCGAGCAUGCUGCUCCUGCUGUGCGCGGGCCACGCCGCGGCCGACCAUCACGGCUCCUCCGGCGACAGAUACGACUUCAUCGUCGUGGGCGGCGGGGCAGCCGGCUGCGUGCUGGCCUCCCGACUGACCGAGGUCGCGGAGUGGCGGGUGCUGCUGCUCGAGGCGGGGGGAGAGGAGCCCGAGUGGUCGCGCGUCCCGGCCUACUCGAGCUACACCCUGCUGCCCGAGAGCAACAUCGACUGGGGGUACAGGACGGUGCCUUCCCCCAACUCCUGCGGCGGCGUCGGCUGCGUGUUCCCCAGGGGGAAGACCCUCGGCGGGUCCACCUCCACCAACGGCAUGUUCUACGUCCGAGGCAGCAGACAGGACUACGACAACUGGCAGGCGAUGGGGAACCCGGGAUGGGGCUACGACGACAUGCUGAAGUACUUCAUCAGGUCCGAGAACAACGGCGCCGAGGCUUUGGCGGCGACGGAGUACCACGGCUCCAAAGGACCGCUCAACGUGGAUUUGUUCAAAGUCCAAGACGUCAACACCAGGGGCAUCUUGGCCGCCCUGGUGCAGUACGGCUUGCCCGAGAGGGACCUCAACGGACGGCAUCUGAUCGGCGCUGCCGUGACCCAGAUGACGACUCUCAACGGUGAGAGGCACAGCGCGAACCAGGCGUUUCUGGAAGAAGCGCGGAAAAGACCGAAUCUGAAAGUAAUCACCAAGGCCCACGUGUUGCGAAUUUUGAUUCGGAACCAGAGCUACGCCUACGGGGUUGAAUACUUAAAAGGGAAAAAAUCCCAUCAAGCUUUUGCAUCGAAAGAAGUCAUACUUAGUGCAGGGAGCAUUGGAUCACCUCAGAUUUUGCAAUUAUCAGGCAUAGGUCCCACAGAAGUUUUGACCCCAUUGGGAAUAAACGUAGUGGCCAAUCUUCCGGUUGGCAAAAGCUUACAGGAUCAUGCGUGCUCCACUACUAUUGCGUGUAAUGUGAAAAGAACUUCUCAUAUUCCAAAUAUUACGACGCAGUACGAAGACUUACUAGAUUACAUACAUAAAAGGGAAGGUCCCCUAACAGCGACCGGAACGCUGCAAAUAGCAGCAUUCUUUCAGCCAGAGAACGACACGAGUGACGAUGCAAUCCCCUACAUGGAGAUGACAUUCGCCCCAACAACAUCUGAAGGCACUUUGCCUUUCUGCUAUUAUGACAAAGUAUACUUCGUUGGUAUUCUUCAGAAGCCACUGAGCAAGGGUUAUGUAAGGAUAAACAGCACUGACCCUCUGGAACCACCUUUAAUUCAACCCAACUAUUUCGUGGAAGAUCAAGAUAUGCAGAGAAUGUUGCAAGGAGUGCACUAUGCACUGGACAUAAUAAAGAAGCCUGCGUUGCAGGAGCUUGGAUUCGAACUAGACAAGGAGCCUAUAAAAGGAUGCGAGAGUCAUGUUUGGGGCACAGAUGAAUAUUUUCGCUGCGGAAUAAUGACGACCACGAGAAGCAACUACCACCCAGUAACAACGUGCAAAAUGGGCCCAAUUUCAGACCCAACUACUGUAGUGGACUCUCAUCUGAAGGUGCACAACAUUUCUAACCUCAGAGUAAUAGACGCCUCUAUUAUGCCGACGAUAAUAAGUGGACAUACAAUGGCGCCGUCUAUUGCGAUAGGAGAGAAAGGUUCUGACAUGCUUAAACAAGCGUGGAGAAAGAAAAAAAAUUGAUU